GAUCAGAGCACUUUCUCAGCCUUCCACUGUUUUGAACCAGUGAUCUUCUCUCCUUGGAUCUUGUACACUCAAGAAACAGAAGAAAGUGCAGACAGUCAGAGCCCUUCGCAUUUGAUACUCAGCGCUAUUAUGUUCUCUUCAUUGCUGGAUGUCAAGUCUCGAUAUCAGAACAGCUUCAGUGAAGUACUCUCCUAUUAAGCUGAGGGACCAUCUUAAAAUCAACAAAAUAACAACGGGCCUUACACAAACAGGAAAUCUAGCUCUCUUACAGUGAAAAGGAAACAACCUGUCCUUCUGCCCUUUCCUGAAAUCUGAAUGUGAUGGCCGUGCUGCUCAUUCCCACACAGCUGUUGGCAGUGGCUGUUGCCAUUUCCCUGCAGCUGGUGAGGUCCACUCAGGGUGGUGUCUACUAUGGAAUCAAGCAGCUGCCACCCCAGGUGCCCCAGUACCAAGCCCUCGGACAACAAGUACCUCACAUGCCGCUGGGCAAGGAAGGCAUCCCGAUGCAGCACAUGGGCAAGGAGGUGCCACACAUGCAGUAUGGCAAAGAGUACCCCCACCUGCCUCAGUACAUGAAGGAGGUUCCCCAGGUGCCAAUGCUCGGCAAGGACAUGGCUCCCAAGAAGGAAAAAGAAAUACCCAUGCGCAGCUUGAGGGGCGAGCAAGGUCCCCCUGGUGAGCCUGGACCAAGAGGACCACCAGGGCCACCAGGAUUACCAGGUCAUGGCGUGCCAGGAGCCAAAGGAAAACCGGGUCCACAAGGAUAUCCAGGAAUUGGGAAGCCGGGUUUGCCAGGGAUGCCUGGGAAACCAGGGGUGAUGGGACCACCUGGGCCAAGAGGAGAGAUGGGGCCGAAAGGAGAGGUUGGGCCCAUGGGGAUACCGGGGCCACAGGGACCACCAGGACCUCAUGGACUCCCAGGGAUAGGGAAAGCGGGUGCUCCGGGGCUGCAGGGACAGCCAGGACCAAAGGGUGAACCUGGGAUGAAAGGGCCCCCAGGGGUCCCUGGGAUCCCUGGUCCAAAAGGGGAGAAGGGUGUUGGGAUCCCGGGUUUGCCAGGGCUGAAGGGCCCACCUGGGCUGCCCGGUCCCCCCGGCCCUGUGGGUCUGCCAGGGGUGGGGAAGCCAGGUAUGGUGGGGUUCCCUGGCCCUCAGGGCCCUGUGGGUAAACCUGGUCCCCCAGGUGAGCUAGGGCUGCAGGGGCCUCCGGGUGUCCCUGGGAUGCAAGGACCUCCCGGCCUGCCUGGCGUUGGCAAACCCGGCCAAGAUGGCAUCCCUGGUCAGCCAGGUUUCCCAGGUGGCAAAGGGGAGCAAGGCUUGCCAGGCUUGCCAGGCCCUCCUGGUCUCCCCGGGGUUGGUAAGCCAGGCUUCCCCGGCCCCAAAGGUGAGCGUGGGGUAGGUGGCCUGCCUGGUCCUCUGGGGCCCAAGGGGGAGAAAGGCCAUGCAGGGCCACCAGGCAUGGGGGGGCCACCAGGGGAGCCAGGACAACCAGGCCUGCCGGGCAUCAUGGGCCCCCCAGGUGCCGUCGGUUUCCCAGGACCCAAAGGAGAAGGCGGCGCUGUGGGGCCACCAGGACCAGUGGGCCCCAAAGGCGAACCAGGCCUGCAGGGGUUCCCAGGGAAGCCAGGCUUUCCCGGGGAAGUGGGAGCACCUGGGCUGAGGGGGCUGCCAGGCCCCACUGGGCCCAAGGGAGAAGCAGGACACAAGGGCUUGCCGGGGCUGCCGGGCGUCCCAGGGCUUGUGGGGCCGAAGGGUGAGCCGGGGCUGCCUGGUGCGCAGGGCCUUCAGGGCCCCUCGGGUAUCCCAGGCAUUGCAGGGCCCAGUGGCCCUAUUGGCCCCCCAGGGCUGCCAGGGGCCAAGGGGGAGCCUGGCCAACCCGGUCCUCCUGGCUUUCCUGGCGUGGGAAAACCUGGGGCUGCAGGGCUGCAGGGCCCUCCAGGGAAGCCUGGGGCACUUGGUCCCCCUGGCCAGCCAGGCCUCCAGGGGCCUCCCGGUCCCCCUGGGCCACCUGGACCCCCAGUAAUCAUCCCCCCGACUCCACCGGCUGCGGGACAGUACCUGCCCGAGGUGGGGCCAGGGAUAGAUGGCCUCAAGCCCCCCUACGGCUAUGCAGGCAAGAAGGGCAAGGCCGGCGGCGCUGUCUACGAGAUGCCUGCAUUCACGGCAGAGCUCCUCACUCCCUUCCCCCGGGUCGGUGUGCCCGUGAAGUUUGACAAGCUCCUCUACAACGGCCGGCAGAACUACAACCCUGCAACAGGGAUCUUCACCUGUGAGAUCCCUGGGAUCUACUACUUUGCCUACCACGUUCACUGUAAAGGUGCGAGCGUCUGGGUGGCUUUGUUCAAGAACAACGAGCCACUGAUGUACACCUACGAUGAGUACAAGAAGGGCUUCCUGGACCAAGCCUCUGGGAGUGCUGUUGUUCAGCUGAUGCCCGGAGACAAGGUUUACGUUCAAAUGCCAUCCGAGCAGGCAGCAGGACUCUAUGCCGGGCAAUACGUUCACUCAUCUUUUUCAGGAUAUUUAUUGUAUCCCAUGUAGAACGAAAACCAGACACAAACACACACACACACACAAAUCUAAACCUUUCUUCUCUGCUUCAAACUCUCAUACCACAAAAGAUGCAUUUAAUGACCGUUUUGGACCAUUUUGUUAAAAAAAAAUACAAAAUUUAACAUGCACAGCUAGAUAUAAAAAAAAAAAGCAAGUGUGGUGAACAUAUUUAAAGGCGUGUAUCAGGUUCAUAAACAGUUGUUUCGCACCCAAGGGGGACAUAUUAGCUGUACAUUAUAUAUUUCUGUGAUGCCGUGCUUCAUUUCAUCACAAUAAUGCAGUACUAAGGUUCAAAUCAGUUUAUGUCACUCACUCCUGUUGUGUAUUCGACUGAUGCAUUGACCAUAGUAAUGAGAUGAAAAACAGCGACUGAGAACAGAGUAGGUCAGUCUCGAAUUACAUGGAAAAAAAUGAGUGGCUUUUUAUUUGUCUGGGGGGAUUCUGGUGGUGGUUGGUGGGGUUUUUUUGACAGCAGGGCUGCCUGACAAGCGGAGGUUCUCUUACCAGAGAGCUUUCCUUCUCUUCCCUCUAUGUAAGAUAUACCUGCAGGUUCGUUAUUGUUUUUUCCUGAGCGAUUUGUUUAUUGUGGAAAAGGAAUACUGACAGCAGAACGGUUCCCUGAAAGCUGUCUCCUGGGGUCUGUGGACUCAGCACACCGCUUUACUCCAGCAGGCACUGGGUUCACCUCCAAACACCACAGCACCUUCCAAAAGCCUCCAUCUGUACUCGCACUGUUGAAGCAGAUGCGGUAGAUCAGAGAAAACGUAAGGACUUCGCUGUUUGCAUUAUGCCACGUGAUUAAGACAUCUUGGCCGACACGUGGCGAUGCAGCAGGGUGGUAUAAAUUAGCACGGAUUCCUGCGUUCGUGCUAAAAACCCGCAGUCUGUCCAGCUUGCAAAAAGGACACACGUAUUCUGCCACUCGGCCAAAACGGAAUCAGUUUACUCUUCCGUGACUAGGCAAAGCAGAAGUAGCUCUGUUUGCUAAUUAACUAACUCAUCGCCUGAGAUCAACCAAUAACCUUAUCCGCAGUGCUGAUCACACAAAGUUAUCCGACAACUUCGUUUUAUCUAGCGGCUGAUUUCCAGUCCCUGUUUAUACGUUACCAGUUGUCUAGGAGAAUCUGCAGGCCUCCAUCUUUUCUGUAUCUGGGAAAAGCGGCUUUUAUGCAAGAACUGUCUGUUCAUCAAUGGUGCUAAUCUCACCUCAAGAGUAUUAAUUUAAAAACGACAGUGUCCUUCUCUGUGUUUCCCUGUCCAGUGCUGCACGUCAUACACUUACGUUAGUUGAAAGAGUUAAUUGCUCCUCACUUCUUCCAUGUCUUAGCUAACGCUACCGCUUUUGAUUCAAAAAAUGAACUAGAGUUUUCACGCAGAACUAAAAUUGGAUUUAACUGGCAUUACUGUUAUUUAAAUACAGAGUUUAAUGCAGUCUGACAUUGACUAAGGACUCCAGUGAUAUAAUGUGGUGCUUUAUCUCAGAAGUUUUAUGGAACGUUGGCAGGAACGGACGGACAGCUUACCAGCCACUGGUGACUUUGGUAUGUUUCCAGAAUAUAUGAGAUAUGUCAAAAGCAAAUAAUUUUGUAUUUAAAAUUUUUGUACUGAUUUGAAAAAAAAAAAUAUCUUAUUAAAUAUCUUGGAAAAAAAAAAAAAAAAAGAAAGAAAAAGAAAAAGGGAUCCUCUCUUCAUUAAGCGAGGUUGUUAGAAGGAACGUUCAACCCGCCAACUUCACGUACCAGGCCACAAGGACUGAUUUUCCUCCAGCCCCGCCGUGGUGGCAUGGUUUGCUCAGCACACAGCAGGGUUAGGGCUGGGACAGCACGGUGCAGAACUGCCACUGAAAAAGGGGUUAUGAGAGGAGGGGAGCGGAGAGAUCAGAUGUCCAUGAGAUGUGCUGGUAGGUGGCCGAACUCGGCCAAAAAGCCAAAGUUGGCUGUGGGACGCCAGGCUAGGAGACGUGCGCUACAUCCCUACAGUGAGGAAACAACUUUUCACACUCAAUCCACCUCCCCACACACUGCUGUUCACCCAUGGCAAGAAGCUGGUGUGAAAGUGGCAACUAAAUUUGUCACUGAUCUAGGUCAGUGAUAAACUGCAGUUCCACUGCACAGAGUAAGUUACAGCCCAGGGUGUGCCGCCCCUGACCUUGUUUCAAUGAUGAGCAUUUCCUCCACGCCGGUGAAUUCCUGAAAGGGCACUACCAAAAUGAAUACGUUAAAUACCCACCACUUGUGGCAGGAAGCUGCUUUUUGAAUCGCCCUGAAGCUGCUGGCGCAGCAGGAGAGAAAAGAGAAAAGAAAAAGAGUGGAACAUUGCAAUCAGUGCCCAUCCCUUCCUAUCUAAAGUCCUUCAUCACACACCAUCUUCUUAGUUAAACAUCAUUCAUUUUAGCAUUCUCCUGAAAGAAACAAGUAAGAUAAGCUCAGAAAGCCAUGAAACGGUCUCAGGAGGACGUUUGUCUUGAUCUUACCCACAAAUACCACGUCCAGUUUUGCUGUUCGUCAGCCCAGAGCAAUAUUUCUACCUGCAGCACAGCUUGGCGUAACCAAGGUUCAAGCAUUUUAAGCCCUGUUUGCCCUUCUAACCAUAAAGGUUUGUUCUGAAACGUGAUACCGCGUCUGACAGAGCUGUAUUUGCUUUACACAGCACUAAUAAUGGGAUUGGGCACACACAGCACAGACCUUGUUAAAACAAAAAAGCUUGAAGGUAACUUUUUAAUACCAUUUAUUCGCAGAAAAAUAAUCGCUUUCCAGCUGUAGCAUUCAAAAUUUCACUUGAAACAUCUGUAAGAAAGCCUUCAACACACAGUCGACGCUUUAAAGGCACAUGAACUUCAGACAAAUGGCAAAUAAAAUUAUGAAGUACUAUAAUCUAUAUCAGAAACAGACGUUGAGCUUUGCAUUGUCUUAAGAUCAGGCACCACUUAAAAGUGACAGUACUUUAUUACCUGCCAGGGCACUGCUAAAGAAAGGAAUCCCGGCGCAGGAAACAAGAAGUACCACAUACUGAUCAGUAAACACCAAAGCUGGGAUUUGCAUUAUUCUCAACACGCAGCCGUGAGAAAUGUGAUUUAGCUGAAUCUGUCAGGCACUGUCCAGUUCAUAUUCAGUGCAAUAACUUGCGACCUUCCUUAUCUUGUAUCUCAGAAUUUCCUUUAAUGAUUACGGUAAUUAAACAGGCACUCUAAGGGUCUGGGCCAAGUAGAACUUGGGCUGAUGGAUGUUAUCCAGGUUACUGCUUGCGUGCACUUUGGAACUUUAGAGUGAGGUCUUUCUAACGGUGCAGCACUUUGUAGGCUUAGCAGAUAAAACACGGGAGCACCUUUGCUGCAAGAUGUUGCUGCUGUGAGCUUCAGCCCACUGCUGGGGAAGAGGAAGAGAGGAAGCAGUGGUGAAACAGUCUGACUUUGCAAUAGAUACAGAAAGAAACUUCACGGGCUACUUGGUACCUGUGGAGUCACACUGCUACAGACAUGAAAACAGGGCUUGAGCACCUUGGGAUUCACAAUUUGACACCUUCUCCACUGAUCAACACAACGGGCAGCUUUCAAAGGAAAAUUUCAGUGCAGAAACCUUGCCUCCAGGAAAGGCAAAAAACAAGAAGUAUUUGAGGUAUGCAUUAUUGCCCUCUCCUUUUUUUAUAAUAAAAUCUUAAAGCCCCGAGGCUAACCCUUGAUAUUACACGCUGCCAUUGAAAACGUGGACACGGAUAUAAUAGGCACCACGAUCUGCAGACAUUAUUGACAAAGCAAAUACAUUAAUUCCUGCCUUCAAGAAGUCCACAUAGAAGCGCUGUCUGUUCUCAAGGCAGAAUAGCAGAAAUGGCCAUGUGAGGUGGGGUGACAUUGACAAAGCAGGGCCGGUAUACACAGAACCCUACCAAAAAACAUUAAGGGAGAAAACCAAUGAAUCAGAUAGCUCACUGCUAAUUGCUGAAGAUAAAAGCUGCUGGGCUGCAAGCUGUGCUUGUUAAAA